AUGGGCGUGACGGUGAAAAAGGCGAUGUUGGAGAUUAUGGAGAGGAUGGAAGUGCAGGUGUUAAAGGCGACACUGGCGAUAGAGGGUUUCCUGGAAUUUGGUGAAACUGGACCAGAUGGUGAAAGAGGACCCGAUGGCCCACGCGGAAUAAGUAUGCCUGGUGAUGUAGGUGAUAGUGGAGCUCCAGGAAGAGAUGCUCGAAAUGGAGCCGUUGGUUUGCCAGGACUUUCGGGUCAAAAAGGUGUUGUAGGUGAAACUGGCGUCACUGUGAUUGGGCCCAAAGGCGAAGCUGGACGGCCCGGUAGAGAUGCAAUUGACGCAGAAAGAGGAAAAGGUGGCGAUGUUGGCGAUUUAGGUGAAAAAGGUUAUCCUUCAGAUGCUUUUGGAAUCAACAAAAUUGGACCAGAAGGUGAAAGAGGCCUGAGAGGUGAACCUGGAGAUUUUGGCGACAGAGGCCAAGAUGCGUUGAAUGGGCUCCCUGGGCCUAAAGGCCAGAGAGGAGAUGACUGUUUGUUUUGUCCACCAGCUAGAGAUGGACAAAAAGGUGAACGGGGUGAUACUGGAAGAAAAGGUUUUAAAGGCCCGGUCGGAUUUGUUGGAGAAAGAGGAAAAGUUGGUCCAAAAGGCCCUGCUGCAAGGCAUGGACUUCCUGCUCCUCCUUCACUCAAAGGUGAAGCUGGAAGUUGGGGUUUAGAUGGGGUUUCUGGAAGAAAAGGCGAACCUGGAGAUGUCAUUUUUCCACCUAUUGAAGGUGCACCCAAAGGCCCAGUAGGAGAUAGGGGCGAGAGAGGUGAUGAAGGAGUUCCUGCAACUGACGCUCCAAUUGGGCGCCCGGGCGUUCCGGGACUUAGAGGCAGCAAAGGUGACCAGGGUGAUUUUGGAGGAGCCGGACCAGCAGGAAAUCCCGGAGCUAAAGGUCCUGAUGGUCUCACUGGACCCAAAGGCGAAAGGGGUAGCUCUAUCGACGGGCUUCCGGGUUUGAUAGGUGAGAACCGCUUUUAG